GAGCUAGGUAAGUAGCGGUUCCUUCACACUAACUGGCACCCACCGACUAUUACUAAAAUCCGACAAACCCUCCGUAAACGGAUCCCUUGCCGGACACCUUGGAUAAAGGCAUCUAGAGUCCUUACAAAGCCUCUCGGAAUCAUGGGGAACAUUUUUGGGAAUCUGUUAAAGAGCCUCAUAGGGAAGAAGGAGAUGAGGAUCCUGAUGGUGGGCCUGGACGCUGCAGGAAAAACUACAAUCCUCUACAAACUCAAACUGGGCGAAAUAGUCACCACGAUCCCAACCAUCGGCUUUAAUGUGGAGACGGUGGAGUACAAGAACAUCAGCUUCACUGUGUGGGAUGUGGGUGGGCAGGACAAGAUCCGCCCCCUCUGGAGACACUACUUUCAAAACACACAAGGUUUAAUCUUUGUGGUGGACAGCAACGACAGAGAGCGUGUCAAUGAGGCACGAGAGGAGCUGAUGAGGAUGCUGGCUGAGGAUGAGCUGAGAGAUGCAGUGCUCCUCGUGUUUGCCAAUAAACAGGACUUGCCGAACGCCAUGAACGCCGCCGAGAUCACAGACAAGUUGGGUUUACACUCCCUGCGCCACCGUAACUGGUACAUCCAAGCCACCUGCGCCACCAGCGGCGACGGCCUCUACGAGGGCCUCGAUUGGCUGGCCAAUCAGCUUAAGAACAAGAAGUAGGAAGUUAGGAAAAACAUCAACGUCCGACUUUUUGUUUGUUUGUUUCAUUGGGGACUGAUGGUGCGGGAUCGAAGAAUCUGAAGAGAUUUUAGGCUUUCAUUUUCAGUCUCUCAUUGUUUGAGCCGAGUUUCCACCACGCGCUAACCAUCAACAAUCACUCCGGCAUGUGCUUUUUUUCUCUUGUCUGUAGGUGCAGUGUGCUCUUAUGUUUGUUGGGUCACGUGACUCCAUCACACUGGAGAAGUUGACUCAUGUGUGUGUGUGUUUUCUCACUAAAGCUCACGCUCAGUUGUCUUUUGUUACCUGACACAACCGAGUUGUACAAACAAUAACAACCACUAUGGGAAGCAUUCUGAACAUUCUAUUUGAUAUCCAUCUUGAGGUCCAUGUACCUGCACGUGCGGUCUUGUAUGCAAAUGUGCUUGCAGCUCCUCUGGGGAAUCUGCUGGAGUGUUUCGAUUUUUUUUAAAUUUAUUUAUUAAAAUAGCAAAAAAUUGUUGACAGGGAUUUUUACGUUUGUUUGCUUUUACUGCUGUAACUUCCGAAUUUCCACUUUAUGGGGAUCAGAAAUGGGUAUGUUAAGAGAAGGAAAUACAAAUACAUACUAGUAAGGCAAAAUAUUGCACUAGUGUGUGAUCCUACAUCAUAAAUAAAAAAUCUUCCAAAAAGUGCAUACUUGUACCUGGACCC